AUGAUUGUAUCAACCCAGGAUGCGCUUCAGUAUCAUGACGAAGUUUGGCCUCUUGAUAUCAACGGCGAGCCUUUCUAUGAUACCGAUCCGGUCUUCAACUUUGCUAACAUUCAAAACGUCGAGAGGCUUCUCAUAAAGCUUAGGGAAGGCUUUUGUGUUACUGGGCCGCUGGACUUGGAGGUCGUUCUGUACCUUGAGAAAGAGAAUCAUCACGCACUGAAGACCACUCUUCGGUGCUUUGAUCGCAACAGGUCGUACAAGGCGGGCAAGAAGGGCGAAACAGCGACCGCGCGCUACAACGAUGAUGCCAAAUAUAUGGGUGAAAACGUCGCUGAGGCGGCUUAUCCUGGUAAGGGCAAGGCUAUGAACAUGCUUGCAGGUCGCCUCGAAAAGACCAUGUUACCGGACACUGUGAUUGAAGAUGACGAUGAUGACUCCGAUUACGAAGAGUAA